CAGGAAGGCUGCUCCCCUCCUGGCCCCACUGCCCUGGCCCCCACCAGGGUGCCGCGACAGGAGCUGAGUGCCCCCUCUCAGCUCUGCACACUUCCUUCCAGGCCCCCGUGUCCACCGGGCAGCAACCCCACCAUGGCUGGGCCCCAGACCCGAGAGCGGGCGCUGGACAUGCAGGCGGACGAGGACACUGGGGACGGGCUCCAGUCCUCCCACCGCAUGCUGAGCUUCAGCGACGCACUGCUGUCCAUCAUUGCCACCGUCAUGAUCCUGCCUGUGACCCACACGAAGAUCUACCCAGAAGAGCAGUUUGACACAACCAUUCGGAAACUUCUAGCAACUAAAAUCGCUGUGUACCUGAUGACGUUUCUGCUCGUGACUGUGGCGUGGACGGCACACAUCAGGUUGUUCCAAGUCGUUGGGAAAAUAGAUGAUAUACUUGCCUUGCUCAACUUGGCCUGCAUGAUGACCAUCACAUUCCUCCCGUACACAUUUGCCUUGAUGGUGACCUUCCCAGACGUGCCUCUGGGUAUCUUCUUGUUCUGUGUGUGCGUGAUCACCAUCGGGCUCACUCAGGCGGUGAUCGUGGGGUACGCGUUCCACUACCCGCACCUCCUGAACCAACAGAUCGCACACUCUGCCCACAAAGCCGCCUUCCGGCAGCACAUCCUGGGCAUCGUCCUGCGUGGCCCCGCCCUGUGCUUUGUCGCCGCCCUCUUCUCCCUCUUCUUCUUCCCUGUGUCGUACCUGCUGAUGGCGAUGGUCAUCUUCCUCCCAUACAUCAGCAAGGCCGCCGGCUGGUGCAAGGACAGGAUCAGGGGCCCAAGGGACCCCCCCACCCAGAGCCUGGAGUUCUUCACCUUUGACCUGCACGAGCCCCUCAGCAAGGAGCGUGUGGAGGCCUUCAGCGAUGGCGUCUAUGCCAUUGUGGCCACCCUUCUCAUCCUGGACAUCUGUGAGGACAACGUCCCGGAGCCCAAGGACGUGGAGGAGCAGUUCCACGGCAGCCUUGUUGCAGCCCUGGGCGCCUUCGGGCCACACUUCCUGGCCUACUUCGGCUCCUUUGCGACGGUGGGCCUGCUCUGGUUCGCCCACCACUCGCUCUUCCUGCACGUGCGCAGGGCCACGCGGGCCAUGGGCCUGCUCAACACGCUGGCGCUGGCCUUCGUGGGCGGCCUGCCGCUGGCCUACCAGCGGACCUCUGCGCUGGCGCAGCAGCCGCACGAGGAGCUGGAGAGCAUCCGUGUCAGCUGCGUCAUCGUUUUCUUCGCCAGCAUCUUCCAGUUCGCGAUGUGGACUGCGGCCCUGCUGCGGGAGCGGGAGGCCCUGCACCCGUCAGCGCGCUUCGGCGGCCAGGAGCACGCGCUCAUGUUCGCCAAGCUGGCCCUCUACCCCUGCGCCAGCCUGCUGGCCUUCGCCUCCACCUGCUUCCUGCGCCGCUUCAGCACGGCCAUCUUCCACCUCAUGCAGGUCACCGUGCCUUUCGCCUUCCUGCUCCUGCGUCUGCUUCUGCGCCUUGCCCUGGCCGUCCUGCGGGCCCUGCGGGGCCUCCUUGCCCGGCCAGUGGGUCCCGAGCUCAGCGACCAGGGCGCGGCCGACGCACGGUCCCAGCUCCUCCCUGCUCCCUGCUAGCAGCCAAGGAGCACCCCUCCCAGGGGCCCCAUCGGGCCCUUUCCCACCUGCCCGCUCUGUCCUGGACUCCUGAUUCCCUCUGCUGCCCUCCCCCGUGUUCACUCCUGCAGCCUGAGAGGGACAUAGAAGGAGGGAACAGCUGGGCCAGGGGAGCUGAAAUGUUGGGGACAGGCUAGCCAAGGGUCAGCUGUAUUCCAGAGCCUUCAAGUUGUUCCCCGAUUUUUGCAGACAGGAGGGUCAGGGAACCUCACUUUUGUUCUGUUGCCAUUUAUGUAUCCACUUUCCUCCUGGGCCUGAAGGCAUGUUGCCAACACGGUUAUCUCACUUUCUGAUUAAUCUGAAAGGAGGCAGACAGUCACAAGUGGAGUGGGUGGGCUUCAGGGCGGGGUGGCUCUCCGGGGUCCUGCCCCUGGCUGGGAGGGUGUGGGCCUGCUGGGGUCAGCCUAGGGUGGGUGAGUGGGUGCGGGCUGUGGCCCUGGACGCCUGCUCUAGCCAGCAGUCAUUUCUCCUGCAGCCCAGGUCGCCAGCACCUUUGCCUGGACCACAGGGGCAGGUGUCCCUUAUGGCUACAGGCUCAGCAAGGUCAGGCAGGGGACCAGGACAGGUGGCCGUUACGCUGGUCCUCUCUGAGGGACUGCCCACUGUGGCCCACCUUCCACACGUGCAGAGCCCAGGCUCCAGGGUCGGGCUGGGCCCUGGGGCUCUCAGACCACCCGCCCCUGCCCAAACGUUGGGCACCCCCCGUUGCACACAGAUGAGGGGACUCAGCACGACAGCGAUGCCCAGCACUGUAUUUUCAAACAGAUAAAUUACUGUUACAUUCUGGAAGCUACACGUCACGGAGGAUUCCAGUCAGUGCAAGUACCGUCAGCAGAGCCACCAGCCACUGAGGGCACACAGCCCGUCUGGGCACAGACAUUAAAUAAAGAGGCACAAGUUCACCCUGAUCAUUUACACACAGCUCCUAAGGUCACACAGCACGCAGCUCGCAAACACGGAUCACACCGCGAAAAACUCGGCGGAACGAUUACAGAUGGCGUAAACAGGCAUGCGCACUCGUGCGCUGGAGGCGCACGCGCCAGCGCUC